AUGGCUCGAUCAGUUCUCAGCAACGCCAAGGUGUACAAGAUCCAGGGAGAUUUCUUCACCAAGUUCAAGCUGGAAGCUAAAGAGGUCAUAGACUCGGGGAUGUGCGGGGACAUCGUGCUGGCCAUCUCUCUGGAGAAGCCCGAUGUCCGGCGGGUGGUCAAGAAGUUCAAUCUUCUGGACGAGGAAAAUAAUAUCACAAACCAGGAAACCUUCGAGGCCGAGGUGAGGUUCAUGCAAGCCUGUGAACAUCCUUACCUCACAGAGUGUCUGGUCGCCGGUGCGUGCAAGGAUUACCUGGCCAUCUGCAUGUACUACUACCCCAGAGGUACCCUGAGCGAGUACAUGGGCAACCUGAGCGUGGACUUGUCAGAGCUAUGUGUCAUUCAAGUGGCAUGUGCCCUCCGUUACUUACACGAGGAGUACUUGGUUCACAUGGACGUCAAACUGGACAAUGUCUUCAUGGAUGCAGAGUUCAAUGCCAUCCUGGGAGACUUUGGUCUAGCGGUAGAGCUAGAGCCCCAGCAGAAAACAGUCGAGAGGUCGAUGUGCGGCGGGACACCGUGUUACUUUCCACCAGAACGGAAAGGUGCAGCAGACAACAAGGAGCUGGAUCCCUAUAAGAUGGAUGCCUACUGCCUGGGGGUGGUCCUGUGGGCCUUGCUGAUGGAAAGAGACCCCGAUGAAAGCGUUGACUAUUAUUUCGAGGCCAGGCGGAAACCAAACCUGCCUACACAUCUCAGGGAACUUUUACUCAAACUUCUGGACAAAUGUCCCGACAGAAGGAUUACAGUUGCAGACUUCCUUAAACGGCUGAGACGGGACUCCGUUCACAGGCGCGUUAUAGACAGUUAUUAG